AGAGAGAGAGAGAGAGAGAGAGAGAGAGAGAGAGAGAAAGAGAGAGAGAGAGCAAACGAUGGCGGCGCCUCCUCGUCUGCUCGCCUUCUUGCCGCUUCUGCUUCUCGCAGCCUUCUCACCUGCACCAAUCGCGGUAGCACGCUCCUCGAACCCAAAGCCGUUCCCACAGCUCACUCCUCUGCACUUGCAAGCUCUUCGGCAGCAGCGGCAGCGAGCAAGCAGCUGGGACGGCAAGCGUGUCACCGCCGCCGCCGCCGAUGGCAGCACCAACGGCACGGCGGCGAAGCCGUUCACGUCGCACUACUUCCCGCAGGAGCUGGACCACUUCACCUUCACGCCCAACGCGUCGUCCGUCUUCUACCAGAAGUACCUCGUGAACGACACCUUCUGGCGGAGGCCCAACGGCGGCGGCGGCGGCGCGGCAAGGGCAGGACCGAUAUUCGUGUACACCGGCAACGAAGGCGACAUCGAGUGGUUCGCCACCAACACCGGCUUCAUGUUCGACAUCGCGCCCAAGUUCGGCGCCCUCCUCGUCUUCAUCGAGCACCGUUUCUACGGAGAGUCGAAGCCGUUCGGGGACGACUCGUACAAUUCCGCCGAGACGCUGGGCUACCUGACGUCGACGCAGGCUCUCGCCGACUUCGCCAUCCUCAUCACCAGCCUCAAGCAGAACCUCUCCGCCGAGGCCGCCCCCGUCGUCGUCUUCGGCGGCUCCUACGGCGGCAUGUUGGCUUCUUGGUUCAGGCUCAAAUAUCCCCAUGUCGCCAUUGGGGCCUUGGCGUCCUCCGCGCCAAUCCUGCAGUUCGACUACAUAACGCCGUGGACCAGCUUCUACGAUGCCAUCUCACAAGACUACAAGUCUGAGAGCUUGAACUGCUUCAGUGUCAUCAAGGCAGCCUGGGAUGUGCUGGAUGAGAGGGGAUCCAACGAUGCAGGGCUUCUGGAGCUCAGCAAAAUGUUCAGAGCCUGCAAGACUGUAAAGUACGUUUCUUCAAUUCAAAACUGGCUAUCGACAGCAUUCACCUACACUGCCAUGGUGGACUAUCCAACACCGGCCAAUUUCCUGGAGAAUUUGCCUGCCUACCCCGUCAUGGAGAUGUGCAAGAUCAUCGACGGAUUCCCUGAAAGCGCAGACAUCCUGGAAAAGGCUUUUGCAGCAGCGAGUUUGUACUACAACUACACAGGAGACCAGACCUGCAACCAGAUAGAGGAUGGAGACGACGACCCCCAUGGCCUCGAUGGCUGGCAAUGGCAGGCUUGCACAGAGAUGAUCAUGCCGAUGUCGAUCUCCAACCAGAGCAUGUUCCCACCAUACGACUACAGUUACGAUGACUGGUCCAAGGUCUGUUUCCUGAGCUGGGGGGUUCGGCCGAGACCGCAUUGGAUCACCACUGAAUAUGGUGGAUACAAAAUUGAUAAGGUGCUCAAGAGGUUCGGGAGCAACAUCAUCUUCUCCAAUGGAAUGCGAGACCCGUGGAGUCGAGGCGGGGUGCUCAAGAACAUCUCAUGCAGCAUCAUUGCCCUCGUCACAGAAAAGGGGGCUCAUCAUUUGGACUUCAGAUCUGCAACAAAGGAUGAUCCAGAGUGGGUUAUAGAGCAAAGGAGACAAGAAGUUGAGAUCAUACAGGGAUGGAUAGAUCAGUAUCAUCAGGACAUGGCACAAAUAUCUUCCUGAGAAAGUAGCAUUGCUGUUGCAGUCGAGGAAAACAAAUAUUUGGCUCCAUGGGAAAAAAAAGAAAAGAAAAGGAUAAAUUUCUAAUUACACAGGAUGAUCAACAGGGAAGUUAAAGAUAAAAUAAGGUGAAAGUUCAAUAAGUUAUGUCACUGAGCAUCAGAAACUGUAAACCUCAAACAGUCUGACAUGAAUCAUGAAUGAUGAAUGAAAUGUUCCUUCAUGUUCA